UUCAUUGUUACAAACAACGUUAUCAUUGAUGGAAACAGCAUACGUAAAGUAUUUAGUUUGAUAAAUUAAAAAAAUAAGGAAUCAGUCGCUGGUAGUUCACAUAGUUUACACAUCUGAUCUUUAGAGCGAAAAGUAAAAUGCGUCUUUGACUUUUUCAAUAAAGUGACGUAAUUUGUUCACUGUCACUUUACCGACACGUAAAAGUAACCAGCUGUGUGGAGAGGGGGCAAUCAUGCCGCGGGGCAACCCGUCAGCGUGAUGUCAAAGCCCGGGCAGUGGAGGAGAGGCGGACCCGGAGUGGCCCAGGACGUCCAGCUACUGCGCGCCUGAGCAAAAUGAAACAUGGAUGAGGAGGUCGCCGAAAGUUGGGAGGAAGCCGCCGACAGUGGGGAAAUGGAAAAACGGUUAGAAGAGAAGCUACGGAUCAGACAGAAAGAAACGGAGUCCUGUAACAAUUCUUCCCGAUCGCCACUGAGGACGACCAUGGUGAUACAGGACGACUCUCCAGCAGCGGCGCCCCCACCUCGGAUACGCAUCUUGAAGCGGCCUACGAGCAACGGGUCGUCGGGCUCACCCUCGAAUUCGAACAGGCCCACGCAGCAGGUCAAGUCUCUGGCUCAGCGCGAGGCGGAGUACGCCGAGGCCAGGAAAAGAAUACUAGGCAGCGCCUGCCCAGAUGAGACGCCUCAGGACAAACCUAACACUGACCGGGCAGGUCGCAAUAACUCUACGUUGCCUUCAGAUGACACCCGAUCACACAGUCACAGCGUCCGGCAGCCAGACGGUCCAGACGGCACCCACGGUUUCCGACAGCACAGAUAAGCGUGGCCCUGGGGUCGCCCAGCCAUUGAGGGGGGAGAGAGAGAGAGAGAGAGAGAGAGAUCAAGGUCACCAGAGAGCAACGACGGCCCCAUCUUGUGGAAAAACUUCCCUCCUUCCGUUCCAUUGUGCGGGAAGAGUCGGACGGCAGUGCGGCUGCCGUCCGACUCUUCCCGCUGACGCUCGCGUGGAACUGGCGGGGAGCUCCAAGGAGACGUUGAAUGGAAACGUGCUCCAGUCUGUCUGACACUGUGAUGAUGGACAUCUUCUGGACUCACUGUGAUGAUCCCUUUUUAAGACACGCCUCCACCGCUCUCCUCCUCCUCCAGUGCCCAGCGGCUCCGCAUCAGGGCGUCUGCGAGGCAGAAAGCAAAGACUUGGACAAAGGAUGGCCGAGAGGAGGAGAAGAGACGCGCCAUAGCGAAAUGAGAUGAGCUGGUAAUCGGGCCUCUCCCCCUGUAAUAAUACCAGACAUCAUGUGUUUUAAAUUUUCAGACGUUAGCGCGCUCUCUCUCUCCCCCUUUUGGUUUUCUCGCUUGUCUUAUCUCCUAGGGAUGCUCUGAUAUCUUGAGUGCAGAUGGACAUGCUUUACAUUACACACACCACCAAGAACCUGUUCAUUUAAACGGUAUUCAUUUUGAUCGGCAUCUGCAGUAUUAACGAAAUAGUAAAUAUUCAUAUUUUUCAUCUUUUUGUUUGGUAAAGUCUUAAAAAUAUUUAGCUUUGGUUUGACUUCUUUGGGCUGCAGAUUGUGGCGUGAGGUCUGCUGCGGAAACUCGCCGCCAAAGCUGAGUACUUAAACCGGUGCCCGCCCUGUAACAGAGUCGUUAGCGUUAUCAGUAAACCCAGAAUAUGUAUAUGACCAUUUGUUUUUAAAAGCUGAGGGUCAAGUUGUAUAUGUUUACGGUUCCUCUUUUUUUAAAUUUAAACUAAGCUUUUUCAGCUGUCUUCGUUGGACUGUCGCAUCAUUAUUUAUAUUUAAAUAGUAAAACAAUUCAAAGGAGAUCGUGGAUACAAGUCUGUUUUUAAGUAGCGUUUCUGCCUUUUUCGUAUAUGGUAACAAUGUCGGUGCAGUAUUUAAAUCGAAUUGAACCAAAAUCCCAUUUCAAAAUCCACUCUCAUGUGAUACUGGUGCAGAGAGGGCGGGGGGGGGGCGGUCAGUUUAGUGGAUGUCUUUACUGCUGUGCUCCACAAGCCUCGGUCGUACCUCCACCCCGUCAGCAGCGCUCUCGUUUCUUCGUCUCUCGCCGUAUGUAGGAAACUCAGGUGCGCGUUAAUGAAAUGAACUAAGAUUGUAUUUUUCCCGGCGGGUUUUCGAUUUGCUUCAAAACGGCAGCAAGGGUCCCUAUAUCUGGCACUUUUGUUAGAAGCAGUGCGCCACAGCGAGAUGCAACUGAAAUGAUGUCCACAUCCCUGAGUGAAUGAGUGAAUGCUGGGUCAGUUUGUUUUUUGCUCGUCUCUGACUUGGUCGUGAACGUCACCCCGUGUGGUUGUUGGCUAACCGGCGGUCCUCUGCUGAAAUGGAACAUGGAGACGCUGUUUGUGGAGCAGGACCAUUGUUCCCAGUAGAUGAGAUCUCAAUAAAGCCAUAUUCAGUGGUGCACAUAAAUAGAAAAGCUCUUAUAAAUAAAAAAGUUUAUCUUGUUUGUUACUGUCGGUCAAAGUAAUUGAAUUCAUCAGAGGGGGGAAUUCACAACGCUGUUAAGAUAUUUCAGUUCAGGAGAUAAAGCAGCAGAGCAGUCGACCGAUGAGGCAACAAACUGCCUGUAAAUACUGAUUUAAUAAAAUGAUUUGCAAAAAACAA